AUGUAUCUAUCUAUAGUCAUGUGUCAAUAUAUGUUCAGUUUGAUUGAACUCAGAUUUUUAUCUUUUUCUGUCUUCUUUUCAAUCUCUCCUUUUUUUUUUCUCUUAUGCUGUCAAUGUCUUCCCUUUUUUGUCUUUUCAUAUUUUCAAUUCUCUCUCUUAUUCUACCUAUACUUUUUAUUAUUUUUCUUCUUUAUUUUUUUCCUUUACUUCAUCCUUUUAUUCUCUUUACUUGCUUUCUCUUCUUCACUCUUUUCUUUUCACACUUCAAUCACUAUCUUCUCAGAUCUUCAAUCUUAUCCUCUUCUUCCAUUUUUUGUCUUCUCUUCCCAUCCUCCUCCUCUUUGCUUUUUUGUCUUCUCUUCUAAUCUCUUUAAUCUACUGUUCUUAUUCUCUUAUGAUAUCUCCUUCUUUUUUUCUUUCUCUCUCCAGUUCAUCUUUCCUUUUUUCCUCUCUCUUUCCAAUGCCUGUUUCCUUUCUCUUUGUCUGAUGCCUUCUUCCUAUUAUCUCUCUCUCUCUCUUUGUGAUAUCUCCUUCCUUUCUCUCUCUGGUUCCUCCUUCCUUUCUCUCUCUCUGGUUCCUCCUUCCUUUCUCUCUCUCUGGUUCCUCCUUCCUUUCUCUCUCUCUGGUUCCUCCUUCCUUUCUCUCUCUCUGGUUCCUCCUUCCUUUCUCUCUCUCUGGUUCCUCCUUCCUUUCUCUCUCUCUCUUCCUCCUUCCUUUCUCUUCCUUUCCUCCUUCUUUCUCUCUCUCUCUGAUGCCUCCUUCUUUUGUCUCUCUCUCUGCCUCCUUCUUUGCCUCUCUCUCUCUUUCAUGCCUCCUUCUGUCUCUCUCUCUCUCUCUGAUGCCUCCUUCUUUUCUCUCUCUCUCUGA